AUGGCUAGGACUGGAGCGACUGGAGCACCGGGGACUUUGAUCAAGACUGGCCAGAGCCGCAGCCUCGCUAAGGACGUGGCCUGCAUCCCUCCCAGCUACGACGGACCGCCCGAAUUAGCUGCUGCCGGUGUCCGGCAAGAUUAUCCCUUCCUGGGCGAACUCGCCGAAGCCUCGAAGCGUCUGCUCUUCUGGACAGAUAUCAGCAGCCAUCAGGCCAUCAUUCGGGCCCGAGUCGAUGGCAAUGAGCAUGUGGACCUGGAAGAAGUCACGACUCUGGCCUUAGACCAACAGUCCGAUAUCCCAUGCGUAUCGAUAAAAAUCCGUGCUUCCAUGCACAUCUCGCUGGUCUCUGCCUUCGGGAGAUUUGUGUCGGACGAUAAGACCGGACUGGAGAGGAGCGCAAUCACACCUGUCUGCACAGUCGCACAAAGUGUUUCCACAUCUGCAUGGCCAGCGGGGUAUGACACGCAGUAUUCACGACGUAUGCUCGUGCCAGAUUCUGAUGCUCUGAUGCUACUGGAGGGCAAGGAGAACUACGGCGUCUAUCCGGACAGAUAAUUUUAAGUGGCGGGAGUAGUGACAUAAAGAACGACUGUAUAUCCGCCUUCUGGCGCUGUGACGAAAGGACUGCCCGGCGGAUCAGUUCAGCUGACAGUCAACCGAGGGCAGAGACAAGACUCUGAUCUGCGAUGGUACCACCAGUGACAACUGUGACAAUGUCCACGAUGAGGCCGACUGCUGCAAGCGACCUGAGAGUUUCAGUGUCCCAUCAACCAGCUUUGCAUCGGCCGCCCUGCUCUGCGCACCGAACCAAAAAUCGAGCUUUAAUGGCUCCAUCGAAGAUAUUAAGUAACUAAACUUAAGACCGCUAGACCGCUUAGAAAUUAAAGACUUUAAAAAUGCAAUAGAGAACCUGCCGGCUAUGCCAUAUGAGGUGCAACGCGACCCAGCUG